AUGACUACGAGCAACAAGACCGAUAAUGGUGCGCCCUCUUUUCUCGAUCUACCGCGCGAUCUUCGCGAUGAAGUCUACGCUAUGCUAUACCCAAAGCGCAUGGUGGUCUCUGUCGGCGGAUACUACGAGACAAUGAAGCCGUCAGAUCACGGACACUUCACCAUCGACCUCCGAUUUCCAGAAGACUUCCGUGGCCGUUGUAUGCUUCGGGUCGCAAAGCACGUCCGCGUCGAGGUGAGAAAAGAUCUUUGAAGUGAGAUGGCAAGAUUGGAUGUUGACAAGCAACAGGCACUCGAAUACGUCCACAAGCGCUGCGUGCUCGUCGUCGAUUGCUUCAGCAACCCCUACGCCAAUCAACCCCUGGUCAGAGAGUAUUCCACCGGCCGUUUCACAGCCAACAACCCUCUUCCCCUCUGUGUCUACCAGGGAAUGACCCGCUUCGAGAUCGCAAGCUGCCACGGCUUCCAAUGGGCGUCGGAGACGAGAGAAUUCGAGGUUGAGCAUCAUCUCAUGACUUUGCGUCUCCGUUUUGAAAUGCGUCGUACCUCACCGUCCUCGCAGAUCUGCGUUCAGACGACGCACUCGUGGGAAGAUCUCCCGCACCUGCGUCCAGAGGACACCCCUUCCAACCAAAUAGUGCAGAGAUCCCGGAGGCUGAUUGAGGCCUUCGUCGGCGCCCGUGUAAGCUACAUCGUCCCGACGUCCGCCGAGAUCUCCAAUACCCGGACUCCACGUGGUGCUAUGAUCAACUCGAGGCUAGCAGUCUCAUCGACAUACCCAAAUGCACAGCUUUUUUGGCUCUUGCAGCAAGCGUGUAUCUUCAAGAUCGGAAGCAAGACUGGUGCAGCGCCGAAUGGCCUCUCGCAUUUGUUCAUAACAGCCUCCCGUGCUAGGAGCAACUACCUCAGUAAUCCAAACUACGGUCUCUACGAUAUGAGAAAUGACGGCGGCCAGCAGCUCGAGCCGCUCCACGACUGGGACGCCGUGGUGGACUUCAAGGAGGUUUCGCAGAUCCCGAGCGCGGGCCACGACACAGUCCGUUUCUACGAGGACUUAGUUCUUGGCCGAGUCGUUGCCCCAGAUAGGGAUCGAUGGAUUGGCUCUGGUGAGACCAUCAACUCUGGACUCGUCCUUGGCGAGCAUGUAUUGCGGGCUUGCGGAACGCAGAAGCGUGCUCCAACGCUUGCUCAAGCCAACGCACCCAGCUACCCUAUGACUGCACCAAAUACGGCCGCUCUGCCGUCCGUAUAAUCCACACAGCUUGACCCGAUGCAAAUCGCUGGCCUCCGUUACCAUCGACAUACUAGUCAUCUAGAGGGUCCGGCUGGCAUAGCGGAGAUACUAGAUACUCAUUCAAAUUGCCGUUGCGAACUUGAAAUUUCGCUUCAGCUCAUUCGCAAGCGAGGCUAUGCUACCAGCGCUACUUUAUAGACAGUCUUGGCCUAAAAGUACAAGGCGUGAGAGUUUCAACUGCAUUCGUCCUUAUGUCGCGAGAACAGCUAUCUAGGCAAUUAUCACUUCGCGAGUUACUAUUCUUGAGACUCCGGACGCUGUGUUUUCCUAAUAGGGACGCAUGGUGGACUUUGGUCAAAGUGUAUACCUCAGCAACAUUCAUUUACUUCGCGAGAGCGCUAGCGUGCCAAGCAUGGUCCGAACCCGAAGUCUUGCCGGUAGCACUGCCUCUUCGCGAAUUUUGCCGCUCUUUAUGCUGGUAAACGCACUCAACACAAAUCUUGCAUCUACACACGCGCGCGCGCUCUCUCUCUCUUUGACAGGAUGUCCGCCUACCCCUUCCUCCCCAUCACAAUCUCCGAACAUACCGCCGCGGACGGAACUCGAUUCUACAUCAUCAACAGCAAAGACGAAGCCCGAGAGAGAGAGAGAGACGAAUACCAGAACCAUUUCCCUGGCAUCUUCCACCGCGUGAGCCCUACUCCCUCCUACUCAAUCAUCCAACACUAACGAAUCGCGCGCUUCAGAUCCCAGACCCAGCGCCCUCGAAAACAAACCUCUGGAUCGAUCUCUCCCGCGACUACUCCCUCUGCUACGCCCCCGGAAAGCGCACAUAA